UCCUCCCCCGUAAGCAGCCGGGGCGGGGCCGCACGGUGCUUGCUGCAGGAACCCGCCCUUUAAGAGCCGCCUCCUGCCGCCGCGGAGCCCUGCGUCGCCGCCCGACCCUGGCCGGCGCCGCCAUGGUCUCCUGGAUCAUCUCCCGUCUCGUGGUGCUGAUAUUCGGCACGCUCUAUCCCGCCUACUCUUCCUACAAGGCCGUGAAGACGAAAAACGUGAAGGAAUAUGUGAAAUGGAUGAUGUACUGGAUUGUUUUUGCCUUUUUCACCACUGCAGAAACUCUCACAGACAUUGUUCUUUCCUGGUUUCCCUUUUAUUUCGAGUUGAAAAUCGCAUUUGUGAUUUGGCUGCUCUCUCCUUACACCAAGGGCUCCAGUGUCCUCUACAGGAAGUUUGUGCACCCAACGCUCUCCAAUAAGGAGAAGGAAAUCGAUGAAUAUAUUACUCAGGCUCGUGACAAAAGCUAUGAGACAAUGAUGAGAGUUGGCAAAAGAGGAUUAAACCUGGCUGCCAAUGCAGCAGUUACUGCAGCUGCAAAGGGCCAAGGAGUUUUGUCUGAGAAGCUACGAAGUUUCAGCAUGCAGGAUCUCACUCUGAUCCGGGACGAAGAUGCUGUGCAUUUGCAAAGCCAUGAGUCACAGCUUCGACCCUCUGGAGGAAGCCUCCUUGAAACUAUUGAAGAUUCAGCAUCCUGUUACUCCUCAGGAGAGGAGAGCAGCGCUGCACAAAGACCCAACGGAACCCCAUCAGAGAUUAGAACAGACCCAUCAGAUGAAGAUACAGGAGACAAACUGCCGAAACGUGCACAGAGCCUCAAGGCUCCUAAGAAGAUGACAAAAUCUGAGCUCCCUGUAAAAAGCGUGAAAACCCGCCCUAAGAAGAAACCUGCAGGUUCUCUUACUUCUGGAGAGUCAUCCUAAGGAGACCUGUCCUCAGCACCCGUCUCUGUCCCAGGAUUUGCCUGUAACUUUUGAGUGGGAACUCUCCUAAGGAAGGGAGCUGAGAUUAAUGUACAUAACAGAUACUGCUUUGUAGAGCUCAUUCUAAGGUCAAGGGGGGAAGUUGGGAUUCAGAACGUGGAAUAGAGGAUGCACAUCCUCAGGAAUUUUCUCCUUUUCACCCCCCUCUUGGAGGAAGUGCUAAUGUGUCUGUACAUAACCUGAUGCUUUGAAAUUCCCUCUGUAUAACCCUAGCUGGAGAGAAUCUUGAUGGGGAGACCUGACUAGGGUUAGUGAUAACUGUUGCGCAGAUGCUGGAAAAAUAAUUAGACAAUGGAGUUGCUCAGGGUUGGGUGGCUCCCCAGAUUGUCUUAUUUUGCUCUGGGUAUCCUUCUGCAGCUGUGUGCCCACAAUUCAUCUGUCUUAAGAAUGGACCACAACUGUCAUGUCCAUCCCCUUCCAGAAGGUGACUUUAAAUAAUGUAUGCUGAGUGCUUUUGAAUGUAAAGGACUCGCUCAUGGGAGGAGUAAACCAGAUUAUAGAUUUUAGUACUGGAAAAUAGGCUUGUUUUUAUUUUUCUAAAAGGUUAAGUGAGGAAAUUAGUAAGCUUAGUUAUAAAGAAAAUAUGCUGUUGUCUGCAUGCAUGAAGGAGCAGAUACAGAUAUCCCCGGGAGGUAACUGCUGAGAAGGGAAGGUCAUCAUCUGUAAGAAUUUGGCACCUUUUGUUUGUUUUUCUUUUCCUUUAAAGGUACUUGAAUUUUAUUUCUGUUCUUCACUUGGAUUCUGGGAAAAUCAUCAGUGUGAGAGGAUUUCUGUAUAGUGGGACAAGCAGUCAGAGGUAGCAUUGCUUUGCCAUUUACUGAAUUUCGUGUCACGAUGAUGGUUUCCUACAGACCAAUUUUUUUGUUCUAGCAGAUUUCUGACUCGCUGCAGUCUGCGGACAUACUAGAGAAUUCCAGAAGCCUUUGUCUUUUGGCUUUAGGAGAUCUGUACUCAGAGUACAAGAGCAGACAAAUGGCUGAUAUAAAACCUUGUCUAAUAGCAGAAUUCAAUUCAUGGAGGGCAAAAGAGGGGGGACUGUUUUGCUGUAUCAGUCCUCUUGCUUUAUCCUGCUCCAGCUCUUGCACAGAUUUUAUCUUUAUUUAUUUAUUCUAUUUAUUUUUUUUACCAUUAACCACAUUUAUCAAUGUCCUGAGACCUGAGCAACAUCCACUGCUUGUCACAGAAUUACAUUGUAAGUAGAAUAUAUGUUGUAGGAGUGAAAAUGCAGAGAAGAUGAAUAGAAAUGAGUAGUUCUUCUGCUGUUGAGAUCUGUAACGGGGGAGCACCAUCACAGAGAGCUCAUUACACAGACAUUCAUGUUUGCUUGUGUCUCUUGCUGUGUAUUUCUCAAAUUACAGUAGAUUCAUCACAGAGCCCAGCAUUUUGUUAUUGACAAUGUAUAGAAGCUAUACUGUAAGAUUCCACCAAUAUUUUUAUCCAAAAGUGUGGGCCUUCAGAAAUUUGUAAAGUUGAAGAUUGAGGCUGAAUUCUUCAUUUUGUGUCGUCUUGGUGGCAAAUUGUUAUGAAUUACCUGGUGUUUGGGGAAAACAAUUCAGUGGUUUUUUUUUGUUUUUUUGUUGUUUUUUUUUUUGUUGCUUUUAAAAUUUUAAACCUUGACUGACCAUGUUAAAAACUUGUAUCUUGUCACAAGUAUUUGUCCCAAAAUAUGCACGAAUUCUUACCUAGGAUCAGUAGAAAAUAUGAUUCGACUUUGGGAUUUGAGUUUGGGAGGCAGAGGGUGGAAGGAGGAAAUAGAAAGUGUUCAUUUUUUCUUCUGUUAGAAAUCGUUGUAUACAUGCCUCACUAGUACACGGAAUAACAAGUACUACCUCUCCUUACUGAAUAUGAGGAAGAUGAAGUUGUGAGGAAUUGUUCAGUGCAAGAAAGUCUAGGACACAAGACAAACUGUUAUUCUCUUUACUAAAAAUACCUCUAAAACCAUAUUUCUGCAUUUUUCUUUUCCAACUAGAAAUCUCCAUGCCAAAUUGUUUAUCUAAAUCACUGUAAAGUUGAUCUGUAGGCAAAGGAUUAGUUAGGCUGUCCUUAUGCUAAUCUUUCUGCCUUCUUGUACAUAUGCUUUGAUAGUUUCUGAUUACUUGGUUUCAUUCGGUGACUUUCCAGAAUGCUUUCUAAAUUCAGUUCAUCUGCAGUAACUUCUCCUGCUUUUAAUUGCAAUAAGAAUUUCUGAAGACUCAAAUUUGGAUUUGCUUUUGUCCUCCUGAACUAGAUGUUAUAUCAUGUAUCUUUUACUUAACACUGGUGCUUGAUAUCAAUGAUAUCAAUAUCGUUGAUUGACCCAUAAGUCAAUCACCUUGACUUCUUGUAUAGGGAAAUUAAGUGGUUUCUUUUUUUAAUUGAGAAUCUGGAGUCAUUACAGGCUGUGUGGAGUGUGUGAUAUGCAAAGCUGAUGAUGUUAGGCAACGGGACUUAACCCAGAGCAAGAGGAUGUCUUACUAUGGACACCAUCUUCUUCCGGUACAAAUGUGAGUGUUAGAUUUCACUCUGCUUGAUCAGAGCCUCUACAGAUCUGCCACCACUCUUUGUGAGUUCCUAGAUACAGUUCUGCGUUGGAUGACAUGGUCUUGCAUAGAAAUUCUCUUCUUAACAAUAACGUUGAAUGUGCUGUUUUGGUAAGAUGCUUUUAGCAGCUGUUGUUUGAUGUUUUCAGCAGGAAAUGCUGGAAUGUAGUUUCUAUUCAGUGUCUUCUGAGCUUGAUUGUGCAGUUAAGCAAAUGGUUAAAUUUGUACCUUGCAGUAGAACCCACUGAGUUCAGUGAGUGUUUAUACCUCUUCCCUCAUAACAUCUGGACACAGAAAGAAACACAGGAAGAGAUUUCUAGAGAACACUGACUUUCCAGAAAUUGAUACUUUUGAAUUUUAUUUCUUUAUUGCCAUCUUAAUCAGCAAAGAAUAUGUGCUGAGGAGGAAAUUGAGCUGGUUAUGGGGUAUGCUGCAAGUCCUCUGGCCGCACAGAGCGUUGCAUGAAGGCAGCUUGUGUGUUAACUGUAGUGUCAGUGAGCCUGAGAGCAACUGUUGAGCUGUACUGAGGUUUUUCUUUCUGUCUUCUGAACUUGCAUGCAAUUUUAGAAAGUAUGGGUUAAUCCCUAAGAGAGAAGUCUAGAAAAAGGAAUGAAAAUCUUAUCCUUCUUCCUGAUGGAGAUGUUGCAUUGACAUACUACUCUGCUGUUUGUUGGGAAAUCACAGGUUUUCUUAGAUUCCUUUUGGGCAUUUGUAACCCGCCACCAGGCUGACACAUCUUGUGUUGCUCUCUGAAUUGCUCUGUAAACACACAUGGAGAACCUGCGAAGUAUUCUUGGGGCUUUGUGAAUUCAGAGGGUAGCUGAGUUUGGAAGGGGAUCUCUGCAGGUCAUCUGGUCUAACUGGCCUGCUCGAGCAGGGCUACCUAGAGCUGGUUGCGAAGAGUUCCCAUGUUAUAUGUGGUCUGGAGCCUAUUGAAUUUAAUAGUUUGUUAAUGUUUUUGUAUAUGCAUAAAUGCACAGGCAGCAUGGAGAUGUUCUUUAGGGCUACCAAGGAAGAAGGAUUGGGGAAGGGUCACCUUCCAUCUGGAAUUUGGCACUCUCGCAAGGUGUUGUAAACAACUCAGUUGUUCCUAGGGUACUGCUAUGAAGUCUAACAGCUUGAAAUGAGAAGAAAUCUUAAGGAGUAUGCGGGGUAACUUGUGGGAACAAGCAGUUUGAAGGUUAAUGAAGACAGUAAGCUUUCACAGCAGCAAAGAACCUGUCUUGUGAGAUAGGGUAGGGUGGAAAACGGGCUACGUGCAGUACAGAUUUGUCUAGGAAAUACUGACAAUUUUUUUCUGAACCUCUGACCUUACUUCAGCUCUACACGCUACAGAUUGGGAUCUGAUUUCUCUCAUACAGAAACCAUUCACCCUUCUAAGCUGGGCCUUACCUAUGUGUAUUUAGAUUCUUGAACCUUUCAUUGCUUCAGAACAACAGAGUUUGAAUUUUUCCUCCCUGGUCAGUCAAAGUACCUGAUAAAUAUCAAGCACUUUGUAGUAGACAUCUUAUACUGGGGAAAUGCUAGUAGGGAGCUCCAGGGGAUGGGUUCAUCUGGGAAAUUGAAUGCACAAUCAAAACCUGUAUUUUGCACUUACUGAAUGCUGGAUUUUGCUACAGUCACGUACCAGCUAUCUUCCUUGUUAUGAUUGUCAGUGUUCUGUUUAUAAAGAAAAACUGGAAUUGCAAUAACAUAAAGUAAAAAGAAAUAGUGAUUGGCAUGCUUUCCAUUUUCUUUUGUGUUUUUUUUUUUCCCCUCGUAAUUAGGUUUUAGCUGCUGCUUUUCCUAAACCUGUUCUGUAAACACAUACCAAGAAAGCCAUUGUUCUCUUGCUCUGUUUCUCAGCUCUAACACCCUAGAAGUAACAUUUGUAAGAAGACACAAAAUUUAACACAUUCUUAGUGACCUAUAGGCAGUCUCAUAUAAUGGGCAACUUUCUGAGACUGUAUCUGAAAUGUUUGCUGUUACAGCUGAAAUGCAGAGCUAAACUGAUUAAUCAAAGGUAAGAAAUUUUGCCACAGUCUUUGCAGCAGGUCAGAAAGGGAGAGCUUUGCUAAAUGGCAAACAUAAAUAUAGGCAGUGCCGCCAGAAUGCAUUUCAUAGCAAUAUUGUGGGAAUAACAGCUCAGGUGUGCAUAAGUGGGUAUCAAUACGCAGUAGUCAACUUGCAGCAAAAUUUGACCUGCUGAAUUGCCUUCUUUGACAAGGAAGAUUAGCCCAGCUCAUUUAUGUGAAUGAGCCAUGUAUGAGUGUCUAUACUACAUGUAUUUAAGCAAAGGGCAAUUACAACAUGCUUAAAGAAGCAUGCUUUUUUUUUUUUUUUCCUCUCCACUCAUUCAGACAAAUGAUGAAACAAACAAACAAAACAACAACAACAAAAAACACCCAGAGACUUCCUAUAGUUUUCAUUAAUUUGGUAACAGCAGGAGAAAAUAAGUUUUCUGGUUAUUAUCCAGAAUUUGGAUGUUCUCCGUCAUACAGGAGAUGGGUCUCCAGCAUGACAGUGCAACACUGUCAAGGGUGGGAGACAUUUCUCUUGAAGCUUUGUUGGAAAUGCCUUGUUGGCACACAGAUCGUGUGUGUGUUUAAAAUGCACUGAAAAAUAUUCUGAAAUUGAGAGUAAGAAGCACUUCUACUUGUAUGUGGUUUAUCUUUAUCGCUUAUAAUUUGCAUGCGGUAAUGAAGAUUUUUGACUUACUGUAUAUCAGAAUUGUGGUAUCUAUAUUCAUGGCAAUGGACAUCAGAAAUACAUUUCUACUGCCCAGCUGGCACAUUUCAUGAGAGGUAAGUUAGACUUAAACUAUGGACAUCUUCAGUCUGUUAUAGUUUCCUAGAGAGAAAACUAUGUCAGGGACUGUAAGAACAGAAUGGUUACUCCCAGUCAAAUUAUUAGCUUUAGUGUGUGCAUGAAAAGCCAGUUUGAUAGCCUCUGCAAGAUAAAUUCCUUCAAAUAGACAGUGUUUAAGGUGUUCAACAAUAUUUUACCAUCUUAAUUCAGUAUUUUACUGAAUAUCACAUUUUUACACAGCUUAUCACUUCUGCUUGUGCACUCGACUGCCUGUCUUAAGGAAUCUGAGGGUUCUGGUUGACAGCAAGUUGAACAUGAGUCAGCAGUGUGCCCUGGCAGACAAAAUGGCCAUAAUGUAAGGGUCUAGAGGGCAAGAUGCAUAAGGAGUGGACAAGCUGAUUUUGUUUGCUCAGCCUGGCACAAGGGAGAAUGAGGGCAGACUGAGGGGAGGCCUCCCAGUGGCCUACAGUUUCUCACAGGGAGUGGAGAGGGGCAGUGCUGAGCUCUGAUCUGUGGUGACAGGGACAGGACUUGAGGGAACAGUAUGGAGCUUUGUCAGGGAUGUGUCGGGCUGGAUGUUUGGGAAGAGUUGUGCACCUGAGGGUGGUGGGUAUGGAACGAGGUCCUCAGGGCAAUAGUCAUGGCCCCAGGCUACUGGAGAUCAAGAAGUGCUGGGACAAUGCUCAGAUGUAGUGUUUGAUUUUUUUUGGGGGGGUGGUCCUGUGUGGAGCCAGAAGUUAGACUCAACUUGUGGGUCCCACCCAGCUCGCAAUAUACUUUCAUUCUGUGUGUCUAUCAAAGAGCAUUUUCCACUAGAGUGCAGGAGGGUUUGACCAAAUUUUCAAAAAUUAAUUCUGUCAAAGCCAGACUAAACUGUAUGGAGUAUCAGAGGAACCUUGCCAAAAAGAGACCCAGGAGGAUUCAUUUGAGAGAAUGUUUUGCGUUAUUUACUUGUUGAUUCCAACUGGUCCUUAGAGCUUUCAGGAGCCAGAGUGCAGACAGUGCUGCAUAAAGUGUUGUAAGGCAAACUUCUACUCAGAACACAGGUCUGCACCCAGGAUGCUCUCCUGUCGAGCCUUAAUUGCAAUCUUGAGUUACUAUUGGUCACUAUGUCUUAGUGGACAUAUAAAGUAUCGAAAGAGAAGAUUUUGUUGGAAAAUUACAAAGUCAGGAAAGUGGUUGUGUGAAGAUGCAACUAGGAGAACUGCGGCAGGUUAUCUUGAGGGAUGAUGACAAAAAUAUGCAGUAAGGAUUUAAAAUAGAGAAUUAAGUUUGUUUACAAUCAAUAAAAUGUUAAGGAGUAGCAGGAUUCAAUUAAUAAACGGGGAAAUUGGCACUCAGUCAUAUAUGUAUCUUGUUGUUGGAUUAUCUGUGCCAUCACAUAGUUCCAGAUUUUAGAGGUUAGGUGGUGUUUUCACACAGAAACUAAGCUUUUUAUCUUAAGUAAUGCUUGGUGACUUAGUAACAAGAAAGCAAGCUGAAUUUCUUUUGGUGACUUUCUUUAAUUAAACAACACAGAUCCUGAAACCUUAUUUUGUAUUCAUGGCAACGUCUGCCAUCAAAAUCAGUGCAUUAAUGGACUCCUCCCUUCUGACUUUCCCGUUCAUAUUAUUUCUGUAAUGUUGUGGAUGGCACAGGUAGACCAAACUUUUAUUUUGACAUCUGACCCCAAGUUUGCAUCUAAAUUCAGGUGUGCUGAGCAAUGUAUGAGUUAGAAUUGUUUGAAUGAGAGUCCAGAGAGAAAAUGAAAAAGCUGAGAUGAAGCCGGGAAAAAGGUCGCUGAAAGACCUUCCUGGAAGUGCACAAGUUGAAGACUACGUAGUAAUGCUUGUUUCUGAUAUAACAUCUUCGUGAUAUAGUUUCCAUUAGCGUAGUGCUGAUCUAACGGUAUUUAAUCCACAGGGUUGUGAAUUUGUUUGUCCACCAGAGGGCGCGAUGCAGCAUAAAAUCUCAGCGCGAGAGAGCAACGACCUGCCUGAAAAUAGCUUGAGUGUGACUGGUCGAGCAUUUUGUGAGUGAACUUCCUGCUUAGAACGAGACGGCAUAAAUAAGUAAAAUCGGCCUUAAAAAUAAAUUAAUUAAUUAAUUUAAAAAAAAAAAAAAAGAAGGGGUUUAGCAGACAAAUCCAAAGCAAUGCUGCAGGUAUCUCCUAUCUAAAAAGGCUGCUUAAACUUGCUGAUCUUUUUUAAUUUAAAUAUUUUCUAGUCAAGCUUAUGGAUACAACAGUAUUAGACAGUAACUGUCCUCAGAUCUUUUAACUGUCCAUUCAACCUGUUUUCCAGCUCAUGAGGGAGCUCUGUAAGCAGUAGUGUUUGCAACUUUUUGUUUCUCCUGAAAUUGAACCAUUUUGUUGUGUCUUUGUGUCUCAGCAGUGUCACUCCAAUGUAAGGUUUGAAUUUUGUAGUAUGUUCUGGUCAGAAUUGGCCAUUUCUAUCAAUUGAAUGGAUGUUUUGUGAAAGUAAAGUAAGUUUAAUCUAAAAAUACAGAUGAGACUAAUAGUUUCUAUGGUAAUUUGUGACCAUGGCAACAGAGAGAUAGCACUGAAAAACUGAUGUUAAGGUUUCUUGUAUGUUUGUUUCGUUUUCAGUCAACAAGCUUAUUAACAGCACAAGUAUUUCAGGAAAUACAAUGACUUUGUUUUAACUGCGUUUAAACUGCAUGAAUAGAUUUCAACCUCAAAAUACAUCAGAAUUUUAGUAGGCACAGAGCGAAACUACAUGCAAUCUUUGUGAUUUUGAGAAAGAAAAGUUCCCUUAUCUGCUACGUCAUAGAUAGGAACUUAAAUUCACGACAGGUGAAGGACAUAUCAGGAAGUUGCUGUAGGAAGGAGAAUAGUUUAGAAGAGAGAAAGAGACUGUUGUUAGAUGUGUAACGUAGGUUUGAUAUGUUUCUGUUCCACUUUUCCAUCAUGAGAUCAAAGAGUUAAACAACACAGCACUUUCAGAUCAGUGCUAAGUUUUGGCUGCUCUGAAGCAGUUGAGACCCCAGGAGACAUUAUAAGCCAUUCUAAGAAGGAAUAAUGAUUUUUAAGAAUGAUAUUUACAGUAACUAAAUAUUAAAGGAGGUGGAAGUGGGCUCUCACAGCUAAAUCUUGUAUGUAGCAAAUGGCUCUCUGCUACCAUAAUGUAAAAUCUCUGUACUGCCAGCAUUCAGCCUUUUUAAAGGGAAAUAUGCCGGAUACGAGUUUGGUCAGAGCCAUACUGAGGAAUUCAAGCUUACUCUUUUUUUCCUAGGCCUUUGUUUGAAAACUGAAUGGAAAUUACGGUAUUGCUAUUAUCACCCAUAAAUACCGGGAAUGUCUUUAAUUGAAUAGAAGUGAUGCUUCACUUAGAAGCUAACUUUUGAAAAAGCUGUCUGUUCUGACUGGACUUGGAUUUGCCACAGAGUUGCACCAGCUCAUCAGUGGAGUCACUGAGGUGCUCUCAGGCCAUUAAGUCAGAAAAUGGUUGGGGAGAAAAAAAAAAAUUGGUUCAGAUAGCCCAGUCUUCUCUCUGCUGCUGCUCACUCUGUGUGAGGAAUUAACACACAUCUUGGGAAAGCUACUUCCUGAUGCUGUUAUCUUUUUACUCGUGCUCUAAAGCAUUGUGGUGUUUAAGGACUGGGUUGCUGUUUUGAUUUGUUUUUAUGACAGAGUUUUUGGGUUUUUUUAAUUAUUUCUCUAGAUUUUAUUUAUUUAUUUAUUUGCAGAGUCAUAAAAUAUUUGGUCCAUUGCUGCAAAGUAAUGAUGGCAGGAGGGUUGGAACUAGAUGGUCUUUCAGUGUCUUCCAAGUCAAGCCAUUGCUGGAUUCUACAAUUGUUCUAUUAAAUAUCAAAACCCUAAGGCAAUCAGGGUCUUGUGUUAUACUUGCUUUCAUACCCAGGCUCUUUCAAGGAAGAUAAUUGUAUAUAAUCACUUUAAUAUCUUACUCUUUUGCUCUUUUUUCCCGUCCUGUUCCAAAUGACUUGUUUUCUGUCAUUUUCUCUCCAAGAGUACUGUACUUUGUGUGUGUGUAUGAGAGAGAGGAUAUGCUUUCAUUCAAGAAGGUACUAACUAAAUCUUAAUUCAAUUAGCUAUACUUUUCUAAGCAGUUUUCCUGAUCAGGUCCUCCUCCCUGGCAAUAAGAAUCAUGAAUCUGUGAAUACAGCCUUUCUGCUAGGGUUAAAGAGUCUUUGUGACACUGUUCAAGCUGUAUUCAUUUGCUGGAGGUGGACAAGCAGACAAGACAGAGGCAUCAUCUAAGACUAAAUUUUGAAUAUUACAUAUUGCUCGUGUUUUAAAUGAGUCUCUUUUCUAAGUGGUGUUUCAAGCAGAAGUAUAAGGUGGCAUUGGUCAAUAAAUGUUGCUUUGAAAGAGACUAAGUUAUUUAUUUGAUUUACUGGAAGAGGACAAGGUUCUAGAAGUGAUUUACUCUCUUUCCACUUCUAAUUUAUUUUGUCAGUUAAAUGUUUUGGAUAACUUAAACUGAAAAUUCCAUCUGUCGUUAGAAAAAUUUUACAGAUAAUUGUAGGCCCUUCUGCUCUUUGCUAUUGAGCUUAUAUAUUUCCUAUUUUUUUCCUUGCCCUCCUCUCCCCUUUUUCACCCAAGUUCCUCCUUCUAUGCCUGAGUAUUUUUCUUUAAAAGGCUAAUGUUUUGUUAGUUUCUCAAAGCAUUAUCUUAAAUAGUUUUAAUUUCUCUUUGUCCUUCAUUUGUGUUUAGUUUUCUAUCUUUUCCCCUCUGUUGUUGAAUGAAGAUAUGAAAAUUAAUACAAAGCCCUGCUAUUUCUGCCAAUCAAGGCAAAUCUAAAGAAUCUGGCUUGUUUCCUCGUUUAGAUGCUGCCAUUUGAUAAUUAGGUUGUUUCCAAUUUCUAACUGUUAAAUGAGGGCUUGUAUAUGUAAUUGUGUUUUGAAUCCACAAAGUUUUUUGGACUUUUUGCUUGUGUGAGUAUGGAUCAUGGUAAGAUCAUGUACUAUUACUGAGAUGUCUGAGAGACCCAUCUCAGCUGCAACUACAAAUAACGUCUUGGGGAGGAGGGCAUAUAGAGGAAUAAAAGGAUUUAUAUAUGCAGAGCUGGAGAGAGGUGAAUGUCAUAUGCAGAGACAUGAUUUAUUAGUCAGUGCUACAUAGCUAGAAUAUUUACCUGUGUAAGACUGGUGAAAAAAUCUGCCAUCCCACGGAACAGGUAGCAAGAACUCAGCAAAUUUACUGAGAUGCCCGUGUUACUAACAAAUAGGUAGAGAAGGUAUGUGAAAUUAACGAGGGUGGGAAGGGAAUGGGAAAGGCCACGGGAAUAACUUUCAGUGGUAGACAUCAAUGGUUGGUUCUUUGUCAGCGCUGCUAGUCAGUAAAAUGGAUAAUCAGGGCAAGCAGUUAUAGUGAAUCUUAUACGAAAUGCAUUCAAUUUGCAGGGUUCUCUUGGCAUCUUUCUGCUUUGUGUUUUGAAUAGUACUGAGUUCUUGAGCUAAAGGACUGUAGCUUGUGUCUGAACUUAGUAACUGCAGUAAUGAACUGGCUGAAUCUCUGUGUUUGAUUUGAGUUGAAAUCCUUAGCUAAAAUUAAGCCUAUCCUGAGCUGUUUUUCUGCUCUUUGGAAAGGGAAAUAAUCUGUGUUCUUGAAAUAUCUAGAAAAUAUUGGAGCUGUUUUUUCUAAUUACAGAUGUCAUUUAGCCACAUAGGAGAUCAAAAUGAAAAUGAGGCUACCAACCAAUGAAGUGACUUGAAUGUAAUGUCUCUGUGCUUCUGUCCUGGAUUUGACAUGUGAAGCCAGGACUGCUUUCUACUGGGUCAUGCUACAGAUGAUGAUAAAGGAAAAGAUAAGGUAGCUUUGUUUUAAAGUCUCAGUCCAGUUGCUAGAAGUGGUGGAAUUUAGGGUAAAAUGGUAUCCAUGAUGUUCUGAUUUCAGUCUCAAAAUGUAUAUGCGUCAUGUGAAUUUUUGUAUUUCAUGUAAUUGUACCUCACCCUUUGGCUGCUUUUUUUUUCUAAUCUGUUUUGCUUGUGUGUACUUCAUGAGAAUAUUUUCUUGGAUGAUGUUAAGUGAGUGAAGGCCUUCUUGAAAUGGUACAUCUGGAGAAAAGAAUCAGAGAUUCAUCAGAAGAAACAAAGGAUUAUUUCAGAGAAAGUUUGUUUAAACAGUCCAGACGGCUCUUAUACAUGUUUGUGCACUAGUGAAUUACAGGGGAAGAAGGUAAAAGCUUCCAAUUACUUAGCAUCAAAGAAAUAUUGUCAUUCUAAACCCCAAUAAAGAUGGAACAGUGAAAAUGUGAAGCAAAUAAGCAAAGCUUUUUAGUUACAAUUUUAUUAUCUUAAUGAGAAUAAAUCCUUCAGCACAUAAACUAAA